CUCCAGGCCACCGUCUCUGAGCAUGCGUAGAUGAACGUGGCGGGACGUAUGUGUCAUGGCGAGCUCCAUCUGAAGUCUCUGCAGCUUCCGGAGAGCGGCGUGUUGAUUCUCUCACUUUGGACUGACUCGUCUUUCAAGAGGAUUUGAGACUAAUUGCAGAUAAUCACGAAGAUGCUUUCUGCAUCCUGUGGUACGCUACUGGAUGACAUAGAAGAUAUCGUGUCACAGGAAGAUUCAAAACCACAAGAUAGACAUUUUGCAAGAAAGCACGUUGUUCCAAAGGUGCGAAGGCGACAUACCCAAAAAUAUUUGCAAGAGGAAAACAGUCCACCAAGCGAUAGCACUAUUCCAGGCAUACAGAAAAUUUGGAUACGAACAUGGGGUUGUUCUCAUAAUAAUUCAGAUGGAGAAUAUAUGGCUGGACAACUAGCUGCCUUUGGAUAUAAAAUUACAGAAAAUGCAUCAGAAGCAGAUUUAUGGCUCCUGAAUAGUUGUACUGUGAAAAACCCUGCUGAAGACCACUUUAGAAACUCAAUUAAAAAAGCUCAAGAGGAGAACAAGAAAAUAGUGCUAGCUGGAUGUGUUCCUCAAGCCCAGCCUCGUCAGGACUACCUUAAAGGACUGAGCGUCAUAGGGGUUCAACAGAUAGAUCGUGUAGUGGAAGUUGUGGAGGAAACAAUUAAAGGUCAUUCUGUGAGACUGCUGGGUCAGAAAAAGGAUAAUGGAAAACGGUUGGGGGGAGCACGACUGGAUUUGCCAAAGAUUAGGAAGAAUCCACUGAUAGAAAUCAUUUCCAUCAAUACCGGGUGUCUCAACGCUUGUACUUACUGCAAAACUAAACACGCUAGAGGAAAUUUGGCCAGUUAUCCAAUUGAUGAGCUAGUAGACAGAGCCAAACAGUCUUUUCAAGAGGGUGUUUGUGAGAUAUGGUUGACCAGUGAAGACACAGGGGCUUAUGGCAGAGAUAUUGGCACCGAUCUCCCCACACUACUGUGGAAACUGGUUGACGUGAUUCCUGAGGGAGCAAUGCUGAGGCUUGGCAUGACAAAUCCUCCCUAUAUUUUAGAGCAUCUGGAGGAAAUGGCUAAAAUCCUUAAUCAUCCCAGAGUCUACGCUUUUCUGCACAUACCAGUCCAAUCUGCCUCUGAUACUGUACUCAUGGAAAUGAAAAGAGAAUACUGUGUGGCUGACUUCAAAAGAGUAGCGGAUUUUCUGAAAGAGAAAGUUCCUGGAAUAACUAUUGCUACAGAUAUUAUCUGUGGAUUUCCUGGAGAAACAGAUCAAGAUUUUCAAGAAACAGUGAAACUUGUUGAAGAAUACAAAUUUCCAAGCCUCUUUAUUAACCAAUUUUACCCAAGACCAGGAACUCCUGCUGCAAAAAUGGAACAAGUUCCAGCACAAGUGAAAAAGCAAAGAACAAAAGAUCUUUCUCGGGUAUUUCAUUCUUACAAUCCAUAUGAUCACAAGAUUGGUGAAAGACAGCAAGUGUUAGUAACAGAAGAAUCUUUCGAUUCCAAGUUUUACGUGGCACACAAUCGAUUCUAUGAACAGGUUUUAGUGCCAAAGAACCCCAUAUUCAUGGGGAAAAUGGUCGAAGUGGACAUUUAUGAAUCAGGAAAGCAUUUUAUGAAAGGGCGGCCAGUUUCAGACGCCAAAGUAUGCACGCCAUCCAUCAGCAAACCAUUAGCAAAAGGAGAAGUCUCAGGUUUAACAGAGGAAUUCAGAAAUAGGCUUGGGAAUCACCUGAGCUCAAUAUCCCACAGCUCCGCUGCAACUCAACGAGAUUCAGCAAGUUCCAGAAUGGUGCUCCAAUUGCAAAGGCUACAUCAAGACUGUGCACUGAAGAUGUCUGUGGGCCUGGCUCUGUUUGCUCUUCUUUUUGCUUUUUUUGUCAAGAUCUAUAAUUAAAACACAACUAAAUGAAGCAUCUGUAGAGAAGAAUAAAUUCCUAAUUAAAAUAUUCAAUGAACAGGAAAGUGACCACAUUGGUUCUCAAAGGACGGUAAUUUAUGCUGGUCUCACUGCCUCGUCUUCAGCCACACUUUAAUGAGGUUCAUCCUGUCCCACAUGGGGUUGGGCUCAUUGGUUAUUUGACCUAAAAACUAAUAACAGCUGUCAUAGCAUAUCUUUUAAAUUAAGCUCCUUUUGGUUUAUUUUUAGCAAAAAAUGCAAGUGGUUGCAUCUUCUUUAAAUCUCCAAUCUUCCAGUCAGAACCUAAUCAUACAGUGGGUCUGGUCACCUUUUCCUUAUGUGGGAAGAAUUUUCAAUCUUUAAUAAACAUUACUGAAUGCAUCUUCCUCUUCAUACUUUGUUUGGAGACCCAGUGCUACAAACAUCUUAUUUUGUACAGCAGAUGUGUUCCUGAAAAGUUUAUAUCGAAACCUAUUUUUAGACCUUUGAAUUCUUUUGGAAUGCACAGGCAGAGUCUGUCAGCAAAAGGACGUAUGAGUAAUCACCCAUGUGCCCAUAAACUUUCAAAAAACUGGAUUUAUCUAAAACACGCUGUGCCCCUUUUCUGACAUUUUUGAUCAAUGACAUCAAAUGUUUAUUUCUACUUGACAUCGUUGGCCUUUACUAAAUGAAGUGACUUCUUUCACAAUAAAAGGAAUUGAUGUAAUAAGCAAA